GAAUCCGUGAAGAGAAAAUGGCGGACGAGUGGCGACAGUGUGCGAACUGGUUGGUUCGCUGUCACAUUUUGCCAGAUGACCACAAAACGACAGGACCAGAUGCUUCAGCAUUCGACUUAGCUCAGGCUUUACGUGAUGGUGUUUUGAUUUGUCAUUUACUGAACAAUCUUAGUCCAAAUGUGGUUGACCUGAAGGAUUUCAGCCCAAGACCUCAACUUUCCCAGUUUUUAUGCCUAAAGAAUAUUCGUACAUUCCUUGCAACAUGUAAGAAUUCAUUUGGAUUGAGGGACCAGGAUUUAUUUGAUCCACCAGAUUUGUUUGAUGUGAAAGAUUUCAGAAAGGUUUUGCACACACUAUCAAAGUUGUCAAAGACAGAUAUUGCACAGAGGAGUUCAAAAGUACUUGGUUUUCCAACAGAUGCUCCCAGUCACAGACAGUCAACAAGAAGAGUUCCAGAUGACGAUGAUGAUAUUUAUGGCCAUCUGCCAGAAAUGGCAAUUGAAAAUGAUUUGGAUGACAAUGAAGAAAUAUAUGAUAAAGUUUAUCAAGAGGACGAUGAAGAAAUUUAUGAAGAUCUUUGUUCUAGAAAAAAGCACAGAGAAUCUAGAGUUUCAGAGUUGCCUCCUCCAACCACAAAAAGAGAUUUCUGCAUCAAAGAAUUAUAUGACACAGAAAAGAAUUACGUUGAUGCACUACGCAUGAUGUACCAGCAUUUUAUCAAGCCUUUAAAAGAUGUGAUACCACCUGAUGACAGAAAUAUUAUAUUUAACCAUAUAGAGAAAUUAUUACGAGUUCAUGAAGUGUUUCAAAAAGAGAUACAAAAUGCUAUAUUACUUGGUAAACCGAGGUUGGAGGACGUUUUUUGUAAAUACAAAACAAAACUCUUAGUAUAUGGUGAUUAUUGUUCUAAUUUACCAAAGGCACAAGAAAGAAUUGAUGAUGUGUUAAAACGAUCAGACUCAAUACGACAACAAAUAGAGGCUUGUGAAAAAAGAGCAAAUGAAGGGAAGUUUAGAUUACGUGAUCUCCUACAUGUACCAAUGCAGAGAGUCCUCAAAUAUCAUCUAUUAUUACGGGAACUAAUAAAAAAUACAGAUAAAGGUUCAGAAGAGAAGGAACGACUAGAAAGAGCUUUAGAAGCAAUGAUGGAUCUCUCCUUAUAUGUUAAUGAGGUGAAACGUGACAACGAAACAUUACAAUUAAUACAAGAAAUUCAAAACAGUAUUGGUGAUCUUCAAAUGCCUCCCAACACCACAUUAAAGGAUUAUGGGAGGUUACAGAAAGACGGCGAACUGAAAGUUAAAAAUCAUGUAGAUAAUAAAACUAGAGUCAGAUACAUUUUCUUGUUUGACAAAGUUAUGUUAAUGUGUAAAUCGCGGACAGUGGAUAAGUUUUUCUCGGGUGAAACAUAUAAUUUUAAAGAAGCCAUUAUAUUAGCAGCCUUUAGAGUAGAAGAUAUGCCAUCUAUUAAAGAAGGGCAGAAAAAAGGAAAUUGGAACAGUGGCUUUAUCCUGGCAAAGAAAGAUGAACAGAUAGCUUAUACAUUUUUUGCCAAAACAGAUGAUAUGAGAAUAAAGUGGAUAGAGGCAAUCAAAUUAUCUUUAGAUAAUACCCAGCCUCCUGCUCCUGCUGGUGCUAAUUAUAAAAUGAAUACAUUUGAUACUCCAACAGAAUGUUAUGCCUGUGGUAAAUUAUUGAGAGGUGUAUUCUUCCAAGGAUAUUUGUGUGAAGAUAAUAAGCAGUCUGUUCAUAAAGAAUGCAUAGGGAAGUCGCCAACACAGAAUAAGGGAGUGCCACCUGUCCCGCCAAGAGUUGUUGGUGCUAAGUCAGAAGCAUCUGCUAAAAUCAGUCAUGUGAAAGCAAUAGUAGACUAUGUUGGGAGUCCAGCCCCACCAGCUGGCAAGAGACCCUUACAUUUCAGAAAAGAUCAAACAAUUAAAAUUUUAAAUAAUUCAGAUCCACAGUGGUGGAAGGGUACUAUGAGUAAUGAAGAAGGUUGGUUUCCUCAACAUUUAGUCAAAGAAGAACAUAAGAUUAUACGCAAAGAAUCCUAUGUGGAUGUGAAAAUUCGAUAUCCUUCAACACCAAAUGGUGUGACACCUGCACCUCGCCCACACUCGCCUCUUGUUGGUUAUGUGAAUGUCCCUAACGAUAAUGAAAUGUCCAGUCAUUUAAAUGUGUAUAAAUGGUUUGUUGGUCCUAUGGACAGGGAUACAGCAGUAAGAAGAUUAACUUCCUUGCCAAAUGGAACCUUUUUAAUACGUGUUAGUGAAAAUCCAGGACGACGAGGAGAACUUUCACUUAGUUUAAAAUAUGAAAACCAGGUGCGGCAUAUCCGUGUAGAAAAAAGUGCUGAAAACUAUUACUAUUUAGGUGAUACCAAAUACUUCCAAACUGUUCCAGAACUAGUAGAAUUUUAUCAACAGAACAGUUUAAAAGAAUGUUUCCCUGGUGUCAAAACCACAUUAUUGUAUCCAAUCAAAAGUCAGGCUGGAUUUGGUGCAACUUCCAGAAUUCUUGGCUAUGCAGUUGCUGUGUAUGAUUAUGCUGCAAAUGCUACAUCACAAUUAUCUUUAUGUCGUGGAGAUCGUGUUGCAAUACUCAGUAAAACAGGAAGUGAUAAAGGCUGGUGGAAGGGAGAGCACUGUACUACUGGCAAGGUUGGUUACUUCCCCUUAGCAUAUGUUAGAGAAGAUGAUGAAGAAUAAUAAGUGCUAAAAGGUCAUUCCAAACAAAAAGUCAAUCAGGUGUGACAUAGAGACAGUGCUGUUCCCCAUAAAAUGGAAAGACAAAUGUGUCAUGCAUGACUGAAUAUCUGUGAUUGUACUGCAAAGCUUUAUGCUUGAGUACCGGUUUUUAUUACAGGCAAAUAACACUUAUUGAAGGACAUAUAUGAAUACUGGUAUAUGUUAGGGUUGUUUUGUUUAAAUUUAUUUAAAAAAAGAACAUUUUCCUUUUUGUCAAAUCCAAACUAAUCAAAAUGACAAGUAGAAAUGUCUUGAUCACUUUUAUUUUUAGAAAAAUGUUAGUGAAUUUAGGUGAAAUAACCCUGGUAGUGUAAAAGUGCUAUCUAGAUGAAAGAUAAAGAACACAAGUGAUUAUAACUAAUUUUAAUUUUGAUUUACAAGCACGUUCAAGUAUUAUAAUAAAAGCCACAACUUUUUCUUUGUGUGUUCCUGUGUCUGUUGUCUUGAUUCUUAUAAAAAAGAAUGAGAACUGACUAUUUUGUUGAAUAAUUUU